AUGGAGAACGUCAACCAGACUACCAUAAGCAAUGGCACGCUUCCGAAGCCCGUUUUCCACUUCACCGUCUUUGAGGACUUCUUUCACCAUAUACCCUCGAUCGAGAAGCAAAAUAAACCCCGUCACAAUGUCGCAGUAGAUGUCUUGGCUAGCGGCCGCAAGUGGCUGAUCCAGUCUCGCGAUGCCGCCGCCGACUUGGGCCCCUCGGAUGACCUAGACGAAGCAUUCCUGGUCGGGAUCCUGGAGAAGGCGGUCGAGAAGCGUAGCGGGGUAUACCUUCUCGGCGACCUUGCCCUCCUCGCCCUCAAGGGCCCGGUUCCCAAAGACGUCACCGACACCGAGGCGAAGCAUCUCCGCUACUACAAGUGGGUGGCGGAGGGCCGCAAGGACGAGGACUCCCCCUUCGCAUCGUCAGCCUCCUCCUCCUCCUCCUCCUUUGCAAAAUCGGCCCCGACCUCGCACGAUGUGCUCCCGGAAGACCCCAAGGCCUCGACCUGUGGAAACUGCGGCACCAGCGGCGCGACCCAAAACUGCGCCGGAUGUUACGAUGUCUUCGGCGCCGGCAAUAUCUCAGCCGGCCAGGCUUACUGCAACCAGGAGUGCCAGAAGGCGCACUGGGACCAGCACAAGUCCGAGUGCCGGGAAUUGAAGCGCCUCCAAAUCUCCAUGGCACAAUUCCAGGAAAUCUUCGAGCACCUCGUCGCAUCGGCAUAUCGCGUCGCGCUGGCCGAGAUAUCCGAAGAGAACGGCCUCAUCCGUGCCAAGGGUCGACGAGGCGCAGAUGAGCGUGCUGCAUACCUAGGAAAGCACAUCGCCAAGAAGUUUCGAUAUAACUUAGCUCCUUCUCGGGAUGCUGGUAAAGCCGUCCUCAUGCAUGGCCGCGGCGCCGAGUUUGUGGACCAGUGCAAACCGCUAGUCGACUUCUUUCUGAAAGACUUGCCGCACAAGUCGGUCGAGCAGGUUACGUUCUACGUGAAGAACUGCCACCGCUCGGUGUGGCUGGAGGACGACGGCUCCCACACCUUCUCGCCGUUCACGCCCCACCAAGUCCUCCGCAUCACGCUAGCGUGCGGCCGCGCGGUGGUCGUGGAUGCGUCGGGCGCGCAGUUCGGGUGGCGCGAGGUGCUGAGCCCGUGGGAAACAUACAAACGGCACCGCGUCCACGCCGUUAUCGGCGAGGCGUCCCACCAAGUCGCGGCGGCCAUGACGGCGAGUCGGGGCAACCCAACGGGCGACUUCGCCCACGAUGCGAGCGCCAUCAAGGCGCUAAUGGCCGAGAAGCUGGCGGCGUACCUGCUGCCCAUGGUCGCGGGGGCCGACACGUUCGACCUCCAGGAUUUGAGUCCCAAGGGUCGGGCGGCGCGGUUUGAGCUCGUCACCAGCGCCAAGGCCUUCAUCGACAAGCUGGCGCGCGUGCUGGAGAAGUCGCAGGCGUUCAAGCUGUACUUCGCGCACGACUUCCGCAUCCAGGCCACGUCGGGCAACCCGUUCGAGUACGACGGGCUGAAGGAUACCUGGUUCACCCCCGCCGAGUACAGCAAGUACAAGCGCAGGCCCAAGAAGAUGAAGGCCGAGUGGGUGGUGCGGCUAGAGAUUAUGGAGGAGAGCCUGGCCAGGUGGGCUGGGCGGGGGAGGGACCUGAACCGUCUCCCAGAGUGGCAGAAGUACCUGCACCUAUUGAGGACUCGGCUCCUCGCCUAG